CUCGUCGCCAGCACCACGUUUACCGUUAGCACUGGCCCACCCACCCCGGGCACCCGUGCACCCCGCAGCGACCGUACAACCACCCAGAAGCACUCGCUGCAAGCGAUACCCACGAUAUACACGCAUCCAACAGAUACUUUUCCGAAUUCGUUUUCAAUCCAGCUACGUCCUGUUACGGAUGCAGACGCGUCGCCUCCGUUGUGAUACCAGAAAAACCAAACGAUACCAGGAGCCGAGCAGCAGAUACCCAAGAUUCGAGUGCCACAGAUACUUAGCCUAAUUACGCCGCGGAUUAAAUUAUUAAGACUCUUAAAUCCGCCAGGAUUUGCCGAUCAAAUCACAUCGAGCGAAUCGAAUCGAAUCGAAUCGCAUCGCAUCGCAUCCAAUCGAAUUGAAUCCAAAUCAUAUCACAGAAAGUGCCGCGAGUGGCUGUGUGCGCGUGUGUGUGCUUUUGUGGAAACGGCAGCGAGAUUAAAAACAUAUCCCCGAGUUACUUAAAAUUAAUCACUAACAUAAUCACUGUGAUUUUUAUUAUUUGAUCUGCGACGUCAACAACGCGUGUGCGAAAACUGUUUAAAGCUUAACGUUUUGGGCUCCAUUAAAAGCCGUUUCGCAUUUGAUUAGCAAUCUGUUGCAACAUCAGCACAAACCUACAUCGGUAUCCCCGAGAUUUAUAGCCCACGCUGCCCACGCGAUAUAUCCGAAAGAAUUUCCGAGAUUUUCCCAGAUCUCCUGCGAUUGAAAUGCUGGCAAUUUGAUUUAUUGACGGCCCACGACUUCUGCUCCGGUGGAAGAGCCAUCAAAGUUCGCCUUUGACAUUCCGGAUCGACGGAACCAGCGGAGCCAGCGGAACCGACGGAAGUUCGUUCCCACCACCUAGUGGAUUAAUCUAAAUUUCUCUCCCAUCAUUCAGAGCUUUUCGGGCUCUGGCAACGGCUGCAUCUUGGAUUUGCUUUCACCACAGUUGGAAGAUACCGGCCUCAAGACGACGACUUUCCUGCAGCACUUCAAGGACGUCGUCACGACGAAGUUCACGGGGAGGGACCACCACCUGCCGCCGCUCCACCCCGCCCACCCCGCUCACCCGGCGCACCAGCAGUCGGCGCUGCAUCACCACCACCACCAGCAGCAGAGCUUCUCCACCAUUUUUCCCACGUAUCUUGGUAUGGACCGCUCCUCCGCCGUCGGCGGUUGCGGCGGGGGCGGCGGUCUAGGAGUGGGCGUGGUCACUAGUUCGGCCACGGCCCUGGGACCGGGUGGUCUGACCAACGGAGGCGGUGGAGUGGUCAGCGGAGCACUAAACGGACUGGAGGCCAUGUCGGCCGAGUCCACGGGCCUUUGCCUGCAAGAUCUGGUGAGUGCUGGGACAGCAAACGGAGCAGGAUCCGCAGGAUCGGCAGAGAGUGCCACCACCACUAGCACGGCACUGAGCAGCGGCAGCACCGGAAGCUCCACGGUGAAUGGAGGCGGAAGCAGUGCCUCCGGAACGGAGCACCUGCACAGCCACCACAGCCUGCACGACUCCAGCUCGUCGGUCAGCAUCUCACCCGCCAUCUCGAGCCUGAUGCCCAUCAGCAGCCUGACCCACUUGCACCACUCUGCGGGCCAGGACCUGGUCGGUGGCUACUCGCAGCAUCCGCACCACACGGUGGUGCCGCCGCACACGCCCAAGCACGAGCCGCUCGAGAAACUCAGAAGCUUGUUCUUUUCAGUUUGGGCCGAAACCGGCGAUUUCCGUGAUAGUCAUAGCUCCAUGACCGCCGUAGCAAAUAGUUUGGACAGCACCCACUUGAACAACUUUCAGACGUCAUCGACAUCUUCGUUAUCGAACCGGAGUCGGGAUCGCAAAGAUGGCAAUCGCAGUGUGAACGAGACCACGAUCAAGACAGAGAACAUAUCAAGUUCAGGACACGAUGAGCCGAUGACCACCAGUGGCGAGGAGCCAAAGAACGACAAGAAGAACAAGAGGCAGAGGCGUCAGAGGACGCACUUCACCUCGCAGCAACUCCAGGAGCUGGAGCACACCUUCAGCCGGAACAGGUAUCCGGACAUGUCCACCCGCGAGGAGAUCGCCAUGUGGACCAAUCUUACAGAGGCUCGCGUCAGGGUGUGGUUCAAGAACCGACGGGCCAAGUGGCGCAAGCGGGAGCGCAACGCGAUGAACGCGGCGGUGGCGGCGGCGGACUUCAAGUCCGGAUUCGGGACGCAGUUCAUGCAGCCAUUUGCGGACGACUCGCUGUACAGCUCGUAUCCGUACAACAACUGGACCAAGGUGCCGUCUCCACUCGGAACCAAGCCCUUCCCGUGGCCAGUCAAUCCACUGGGAUCCAUGGUGGCUGGGAAUCAUCACCAGAACUCGGUGAACUGCUUCAACACGGGCGCCAGCGGAGUGGCGGUGAGCAUGAACAACGCCUCGAUGCUGCCGGGAUCGAUGGGCUCGUCCUUGAGCAACACAUCUAAUGUGGGGGCGGUGGGCGCUCCCUGUCCGUAUACAACUCCCGCCAACCCGUACAUGUACCGCUCCGCUGCCGAGCCCUGCAUGAGCAGCAGCAUGAGCUCGAGCAUCGCCACCCUGCGGCUGAAGGCCAAGCAGCACGCCUCCGCCGGAUUCGGCAGCCCCUACUCCGCCCCCUCGCCAGUCUCCCGGUCCAACUCCGCCGGACUGUCCGCCUGCCAGUACACCGGAGUGGGCGUCACGGACGUGGUCUGAGAAAACGCCCUCGGUGCACUGCUCAACCAGCACCAGCACCACUUGCAGCACUUCUCGGGCGGAUCGGUGGGCUCCGGCGUGUCCAACGGGAUGCACGGACAGCACGGCGGCAACAUGUUGCAGCACAACAGCAAUGCCAGCAGCCUCCUCCUGGACCACUCCGACUUGGGACUGGUCGGCGGAGUGGCGCCCAAUCACCCCGACGAGGGCAACCACAGUCUGGAGGGCAGCAACAAAUCCCCCAUGGAGGCGCCUCUGGCCAACAACAGCAACAACAACAACAACAACAACAACAACGACAACGACGACGAGGACGUCAUCGAUUGAAAGCCCUAACUUAAAUCCAACUAGCAGGCAGCCUAGCCCUAAGCAUUCAUAACUAAUUUUAGAUGUUUGCCUAACUAAAGAUACAUAAUACGGAUGAAGACAGUAGCGAGGAGGAGUCCCUAUCCAAAGAUACAAUUUUUUGAAGAACAAUAACUAAAUUUAUUUGCAUUGAGAUUAAUGCCAACUUCGUUCGAUCGAUCCCUAACCAGGAAUUAAGUGUUUUUGUAAAUAAAAGCAAAUACGUAGAUGUAAGGAGCGGAACCCUAACUAAUCAAGCCAAAUAGCCAGCCCAAAGAACAUAUAGUCACUCCUAGUUCCACUUUCAGUUCCCCGUCGUAUAUAUCGUAUAUAUAUAUAUAAACCAGAAACGUAUCAGAUUGUAAACAGCUAAGGCCGCGCCACUAAGGAAGGCCAAACUAAAGGAAAACCAAAACGAAAACUAUAUCAAGAUGUAGCAGUUUUUAAGGAGUUGUCUAGUCGUAUAGAGAUCCCCAUAUGGCAUAUACUACCGUCUGUAUAUGUACAUGUAAUCCCCACUAAAGAGCCCGUAUAAAUAUAAACUAUUUAAUAAUUGUACACUUAAUAUUACUAGUUAUAGAAAUUGAAUCAAAAGAACAAUAAAAAUAUGGAAAAAAAGCA